AUGGCCCUGUCAGAGGCUAAAGAGGCACAGCCGGGGAGCCCCCCGAGCGGCCGCACAAGUGCUACGUUUGCCGGUCCCGCGGCCGACACUGUCUCUGAAGAAAUCAGUUCCGACCCCAAGAAAGACCAUAUCAACCAGGAAACAUCUGGGACCAAAGCUGAAACGACUGGUGCCAAGACUUGGGUCAUCAUGUUCUCGGUUCUCAUGGCCAUGUUUCUCGUCGCUUUGGACAGGAGCAUCAUCUCAACCGCAAUACCCGCAAUCACCAACGAGUUCAACUCUCUCUCCGGUUAUGGCUGGUAUGGAAGUGCUUACCUCCUGACCUCGUGCGCAUUCCAGCUUCUCUUUGGAAAGCUAUACACAUUUUUCCCCGUCAAGACAGUUCUUCUUCUCAGCAUCCUGCUGUUCGAGGCCUCUUCCGCCCUCUGCGGAGCCGCCCCGAACUCGACGGCCUUCAUCAUUGGCAGGGCAUUCUGCGGUGUUGGCUCCUCUGGCAUAUUUGCCGGAUCGGUCGUGUGCAUUGUGUAUAUUAUCCCACUACACGUACGCCCAAAGAUUCAGGGCGCCUUUGGCGGCUUCUUCGGCGUUGCUAGUAUCUCCGGUCCCCUCAUUGGCGGCGCUCUCACCACGAAAGUGACCUGGAGAUGGUUCAUCGCCAUCCUGCUCAAGAUCCCCGACCAGGAGACCGCCAAGCUUCCACUGUCAGAGAAGCUCAGGAAGCUCGACUUCCCAGGCACGGCGCUCUUCAUACCGGGCGUGGUGUGCCUCCUUCUCGCACUCGAGUGGGGCGGCCAGAUUUAUCCGUGGGGAGCGUGGCGCAUCAUUCUUUUGCUGGUUCUUGCCGGGGUGUGCCUUCUGGGAUUCACUGCGGUGCAGAUCUGGAUGCCCACAACUGCAACUCUUCCCCGUCGCUUUUUCGAGCAGCGGAGCGUCCUGUCUGCGUUAUUGGCAACCUUUGGCAUAAUUGGAGGGAACUACAUAUACAUCUAUUAUCUCCCCGCAUGGUUCCAAUCCGUCCAGGGUAUCGACUCGGCGCAGUCCGGUAUCCGUCUUUUACCAUUAAUGAUAUCCAUGAUUAUUGGGUCCAUCUUCGGCGGAAUCAGCAAUACCAAGAUUGGCUACUAUACACCACUCGCUAUCAUGGGGUCGUGUGUCAUGUCAGUUGGGGCCGGGUUAAUAACAACUUUCUGGGUCGAUACGCCGCAGGCACAAUGGAUAGGAUACCAGGUGAUAUACGGUUUUGGGAUGGGCCUCUGCUUCCAGGUUCCUAACCUUGCCAUACAGGCCGUCAUGGCCAAGCCUGACCAGCCAACAGGGCUCUCGCUGAUGCUCUUCUGCAACCUGCUCAGCUCCACCGUCUUCGUUUCGGUCGGCGCCAAUGUGCUCAACAACCAGCUCCUAGACCGCCUUUCCGGGGUCCCGGGCUUCGAGCCCAGCCUCGUCACCUCGGGCGGCGCAACCUCCCUGGUCGACGCCCUGCCCGCGGCGCACAGGGACGUCGUCCUCGCCGCCUACAACACGUCCCUGCAGAAGGUGUUCCAGAUCGCCUUAGUCCUCUGCUGCGUUUCCGUCAUCGGCUGUGCCACCCUGGAAUGGAAGAACGUCAAGCAGGGCAGGGACAACAUGGCCACUGUUGAGGCUGCCGCCGAGGCGGGACAGAAGGAGAAGGCCGGAGGCGUGGCACCGCUGGUGAGGAGUGCAGAAAGCCCAUCGGCAGCCAGCAUGCCAAGAGAACAGUAA